CAUACUUGAGUAUCGAGCAGACGAGAUGGCUUUUGGUGACUAUCCCGCUGAGUAUAAUCCCAAGGUGCACGGACCUUACGAUCCAGCACGCUACUAUGGCAAAGCUGAUGUUCCAUUCGGCCAAGUGAAAUUGGGCGAGUUGGGCGCCUGGUUUGGACGUCGCAACAAGACACCUAAUGCCAUGGGUGGUGCCAUUAGCCGUGCCUGGUGGCGUUGGCAGCACAAAUAUGUGUUCCCCAAGCGUGCUGGCAUUGCACCAUUUUUCCAAUUGACCGUGGCCAGCAUGACGUUCUUCUAUCUGAUCAACUACUCCAAGUUGAAGCACCACAGGAACUACAAGUAUCACUAAACGCUAACGUCUCGCUUCAGCUCUUCUGUCAGUGCUACACUUUGUUACUUCUUGGUGGGGAGAGAGUUGAACACACCGCGACAUAAUAUUAGUUUAUUCUUGUUUUGAAAAAUCGGCUAAAUCUAAUAAUAAAAAAACAGCUGCGAAUAACAGUGCUGCACUCAA